AUGAUGAAUAACAAAGGCAAUUGUCAAUAUCUAUUUUCAUUUCUACUUGUUGUCAAAAUUUGGAAUAAUCUGGCCAAAACCACCAUCAGUCAGGGACAGCUUUCUUACUCCAGCUCACUGAGUUCCUAUUGUUAUCCAAAAUGCCAUCUCACUAAAGAAUCAGAGGAACCUCCUGCCACUGAUCAGCAUGAUUCUUUGAAUAUUAAAAGGAAAGGCAAGAUUUUGAGAAACUACAGUGCUAAAACAAAUAAGCUUCAUAUUGCAAUAGAGGCAAUGUUUUGCCAUUCAGUUUCCUCUCAAUGUAGAAUAAAAUGGGACAUCAGCCAGGGAAGGACAUAA